AGCAAAGUAUGGCAAGGUUUACGGACUGACGCAAUAUCCGUAAGAUGGUCUGAUACAAUACGAGGAGAGAAAGUAGAAGAAUAUUUGUGGUGCAUGCAUUUGGAGAUCGUAUAUGUUGUAUAAAUUGAUAACUGUGUUUGUGAUUUACUUUGAAUUAACCGAUUAGUACUGUUUGUGACAAGUUAAUAAUGGAGACUAAAUUGGCGAAGCCUCCGAAGGAGAAACGAAGAAACUCAGAGAAACGCAAGGAGAAGUCGCGUGAUGCAGCCCGAUUCCGUCGCUGUCGGGAGACGGAGAUCUUCACGGAUCUGGCGCAGGCUUUGCCCAUGCCUCAGAGUACCGUGUCUCAACUGGAUAAGGCAUCCAUUAUGCGGUUGGCGAUUUCAUACCUCAAAGUUCGCAGUCUCUUGAAUUUGCUUCCGGAAUCGUGCAAGACAAAGUUAGACUCGACGAAUGACCCACUGUUCUUACGAGCGCUUGAAGGUUUUCUGCUGGUAGUAUCUGCGGAUGGUGAUAUGAUAUUCCUUUCAGAGAAUAUCAAUGAGUAUCUUGGGAUCACUCAGAUUGAUUUGAUGGGUCACAGUAUUUAUGAGUUCAGUCAUCCGUGUGACCACGAUGAGAUCAGAGACAUCUUGUCGAUCAAGUCACCUCUGCUGCCCGUCAUUCCUCGUUCAUUUUUUAUUCGAAUGAAAUGCACGCUGACCAGCAAGGGCAGAAAUGUAAAUCUUAAAUCAGCAACGUACAAGGUAAUUCACUGUACCGGUCAUGUCCUCACAUCACCUUCUUCGUGCAAGAAGGAAGUCAGAACAGAAUGUGGUGCUGAAAGUGACAAAAAUAACAAUAAUCAGCAACAGCAGCAGCACCAGCACUGCCUAGUGGCGAUUGGAGAACCCAUUCCACAUCCUUCAAAUAUAGAGAUACCACUAGAUCAUCAAACUUUUCUCAGUAAACACAGCCUGGAUAUGAAAUUUACAUAUGCUGAUGACAGAAUUGGAGAUUUUCUUGGUUACAACCCAGAGGAACUACUUGGGAAAUCCGUGUACGAAUAUCACCAUGCAUUGGACAGUGAGGCUGUUGAAAAAGGCUUCAAAAGCUUGUUUUCGAAAGGGCAGUGCGAGACUGGGAUAUACCGCUUCCUGGCGAAGAACGGCGGGUACGUCUGGGUUCUGACCCAGGCAACGCUUAUCUACGGUAACAAGACUGUCCAGAAGCCUCACAGUGUCGUCUGUGUCAACUUCGUCGUCAGUGGGAUUGAACAUAAAGAUGAGGUUUACUCAUGCAGUCAGCUGACAGCCGGUGCGGAAGUGGUGGAGCCUGAUGUAAAACCUGUUGUUCUGCCAGCUGUAGCGUCACGCCCACAAGUGGUUACUGCAAAGAUCUUUGCGCCGGCAUCUCCCGCGCCUGUCUGCGUCCCUGCUUCCACCCCAUCUCCAACAUCUUCCUCUCCCAUACCUCCUCCUGCUCCCGUUUCAAAAAAUUCUGCCCUCGGCGCGGAGUUGCCAUUAUCAUCGUCACAUUCGAGACCUCAGACUGUCACAAGCAAAUUGUUUGCUCCUGCUCCAUCUUGUGUGUCCUCAGCACAGACUCCCACACCAAUCCAUACUCCAGUAAAGGUGGUGCAGUUAUUAGAUUCUUCACCACUUCCUCUUAUGCAGCUUCCCCCAGCAUUCUCUCGCCCGCAGGCUGCUACUUCGAAGAUAUUUGCACCUAGAACAGAGGAAAUGAACAAGGGCUUUCUUAUGUUUUCAGAAGAAGAACCAGGUCUAACAAUGCUUAAGGAUGAACCGGAGGACUUGACGCACCUGGCUCCAACUGCAGGGGAUGUGGACGUUCCACUCGAAACAAACUGUUUUAUGUCGGACGUGUUUGAUGAAUUUAUACUCUCGGAUUCUUAUUGCCCUCUUCUGACGGAAGACUUGAACACGCUGAGUGACUCACAGUCAAGUCAUGAAAGUUCCAAUAAGGGUGAGGGCAGCAACGACCCUUUCUUCUCCUAUCGCGAUGAGACGUCCUCUUCCGGCGGAUCUCCUAACUCUCAUCUUCAUUCUCCAGCCCUUUCAAAGAGUCCCGGUGACUGCAGUUUACCUUCGUUAUGCAGUCCAGGAGACUCCGGGGAUGACAAUAACAUGGCUCCUUUCUUGUCUCUGCAUCUGGAUAAUACAAGCAUGUCAGACGGGGAUGAAGAUCUGAGUAUGCGCGCGCCGUACAUCCCAAUGGGGGUGGGAGAUGACUUUCCCUUGCUCAUAUCCACAGAUCUUAUGUGGGGAGCGCUUCCAGACAAGCCACCUUUAAGUAAGACCAACAGUUCAAGUAAAAACAGCAGUUGGUACAGAACACCAAAUGUACCAGUUACAAAGACAAACCUAAGCUCAAGCCUUGCACAGCUAUUAUGUGCUGAUAACAACGCACAGAACUCUAGUCGACUGCUGCCCAUAAAAAGUAAUGACCAUGGAGGCGGCCUAGUUGACCCCAGCGAUGUGUUUGGCCAGGUUGUCACCAAGAAUCACAGAACAACACCUACAGGUAGUAUGGAGUGGACUACCUUUCCAGGGAUGCCUGUACAGCGCUUGCUGCCCCAGAAAGGGGGUGAUGCCAUAUCUCCUACAGUGGGCAUAAAGAAAAGCCUUCCUGGGAGUGCAGGGCCUCCAGAACGACCCUCCAAGCGCUCGUGUACUCCCACUACAGAUGAUCAGUACACUUCUGCGGGCACCAAACGAACAAAAAGUGAGGUGAAGGCAUCGCAGAAACUGCAAUCUCAGCUGUUGCAACAGUUGAUCCAGACUGGUGGUCCUCAGCAAGUGCGGUCCAGGGGACCCCAUGGGGACUCGGUGUGGGUUCUAGAUGGCGGGGGGACACUUAGCAGCAAUAAACAGCAGCAGCAGCAAGAACGAGAGCAGCAGCAACCAAAACAGCCCCCACGAGUUCCCAGUGACAGCGUUCUCAUGAAUUUACUGGUUAGUGGUUGUGAUGGAAAUCCUCGGAAAAAAAAGGACGUCGGGGCGAACUUUCGAGAUCCAGGAAGAGAUAGCAGCUUGCAGCACUGUAAAAGUACACUUGUGCAAUAUGUUUCAAGGGUUGUUCUGAGUGAUACAGGGACGUGUACAAUACCACCACCAGUUGAUGGUGUUGCAGAGCGCAAAGCCAGUAUACGGAAGAACUCCUUCUCCCUGCUUGACCCAGAAGGAGCCACAAUACCAUCCCUGAUUGACCUGAGUCAACGUGAUUAUGACGUGAAUGCUCCUGUCAGUUCUGGCUUACUGCAAGGACAAGACCUACUAAAAGCACUUGAGACUAGUUCGGCUGCAUUAAUGGAUUAGUAGCUGUAAUGUUCCGAGCAGUGGUCUCUACUAGUGAGAGAGCACUUGCAGGAUGUACCCAUGAUUUUAAAUUGUUCAUACCAGUGUCUUUGCCACCAGUAAACUUUUAACAUGCUUUGAUUUCAAGACUGACAUCAAUGGAAAUGUUUCAUGAAGAUGAGUCAUUUAGUCCUGUUCAUUUAUAUAUAUAUAUAUAUAAACUUCCUCUGACUUCAGUGUCGACUGCUGAAGAACACACAAACCUGUAUUUAUUUGUUUUGUUUAUUCUGCAAAAUUGUGUCAGGUUUGUAGAGGGUUUGGUGAUUCAGCAUCAUAAGAAAAGUACGGAAAGAUUAGAACAUUUAUUACAAUGCUGUACACAGUGAAAAAUGGCAGCACUUGCUUUACUUUUUCCACUUAUGCUGGAAAUGUCUGUGUUUUUUAACACAUCAAACAUUUGUGCAUUAUCUCUGACAUUCCAUGUCUCGCCAUGAGGUUUGUAAUGUUGCUUAUAGAAUAUAGAAUGUGAACUUAUUUUCAUAAUUCUGUUUUUAACACUUCUAGAAAAGUAAAAAUCCUAAAAGGAAAUUUAAAAAUGAAGCAGUGAAAGUAACACCAUUUUCAUUGUAGUUCUUGCUCUGUUUUGGUGGCAUGAAGAGCACUGUUACAGGCCGGGCAGCUCAUACCGAACACGCCCCUCCCCACUAUUUACAGAUUGUGAUGCUCUCUGUUGCAAGGAGGAUUACUGGUGAAGGAGUUCUAAAUGUUUUUGUGGUCACAACAUUUGCAUGAAGUGCAAUAUACUGGCAUGCAUAGUUGCAGAGGAUUGUGGAACUAGAUUGUGGAUCAGAAGACUCAGUAUGUAUUAUAUGGUACAAUUUUUAUCCCAAUAACUAUAUUAGUGAUUUAUUUCUUGGUUUGUAACCAUAUUUGAUAUCGUAUUAGCAAAAUGAAUUUUAUAGAAGUAGGUGAACUGCAGAAGGUUCAAUACCAAGCCUUCUGAAUGCUAUUAUAUAUAUAAUUAUGGGGGUGCAUAAUAUAUAUUGUUUUUACUGAGGAGGAUAUAUUUGUUGUAUGUGUAAUGUUUGGUUCACAUUCGUCGCUACAUAAGGGCUCAGCACACUGCUGCAUCACAUGGCUAAGGUUAUAUCAUUCAGGAUUAAGCAAAUUUCUACCCCACCACAAAAAUAUGUCAAUAAUAUAAUAAAUAAAUUAUUUUUAUCAUCUUGAGAAAUGUUAGGAUAUUAUGAAGAAUUUGUAAGAGGGUCCAAUGCAUUACAUGUUCAUGUGCAUUUUAUAGUUAAAUUCUUUACACUAAAGAAAUUCUUGCAGGAUGUUAAAUUUCUAAAUAAAGUGAAUGAAGCUAUUGCCAAAUGUAUCUUAUAAUACAGGCUUUGAGAAUUUAUCAUCAUAUCAUUUAUUUGUUUAGUAACAGGUGCAGUAAUGGUUAUUAUUUAGAUUGUAGUAUAAUGUAACAUUUGUAUGAAAGUCGUGUGUGGAGAGACUCCCUCAGUUCAAAAACGAAGCAGGCAACCUUGGCUAUUUUGUGGCGCCAUACUGCGCUUGUUUGUGAUGAACUAUGCACUGUGACUGCUUCCAUGUCAGAAGUGCAUUUCUUUUAAUUUUCUGUUACUGAGUAUUGCGUCAUAUUUCCAAGACCUAGGAUGAUGUAAUAUUGAAACAUGUUUUGUUUACAUUAGCUGUGCAGUUUUUGAGUAAUUACAUGCAAACAGUUUUUUAUGUAACUAAAUUUUUGUAUUGAACCAACAUUUUUAAUUUCUUCAUGAAUGUAUAGAAAAUCAGUGUUUAAUUAUUACUAAUAAAAUGUUCAAUUUUUAUCAAAUUAUCAAACUGUUGUUUUACAGUUAUAUGCCAGAUAUUCUUUGAGCAUCUGCACUAGAUUUAGAGGGAAACAAUACAGUGAAUUUAUUUAA